AUGAACCAGCAGGGGGCAGCAAAUCUCCAUCCCAGCGCCCAAAACGAUGGACGAGGAAGAAUAGGGAGGAAGCGGCACGUACAAACUGAAAACUGUAAAAUGUUUGGAACCUUGGGUAAAUAUAAACCUGUGAAAAUUAGAGGUUAUAGCGGCGAGAAAAAAUACGGAGUUGCUGCGAAAUCUGUUACGGAGCUGCUUAAAAAGGGCUGUCAGUUGUUACAGCUGCCACUCUCUGGUGCUCAAGUGUAUCUGUAUGAGGAUGGGACCAUAGUGACGGAUGGAUUUUUCCACACCCUGCCAGAAGACACUGAACUUGUUCUGCUGUCAAAAGGACAGACAUGGACGGGAGUCGUCUGUGACAUCGGCCGGUUACUGAACACAGACCGACAUGCUGACAGCCUCAUCGAAGCGGCAAAGGGCCUUCUCUCUGAUGAGAAAUCCUCAAAGAGGCGUAAAAUCCUCAGUGACCUGCUGCAGAACCUGGACGACAGGUCUGAGCUGGAGAGCAGAGAGGAAGAUAAGGACUGGUUCAGUGGGGUUGAUGCUCGAUUCAAAACAAAGUCUGCCUACAUGAGGUACAACUGUGAAAGCAGGAUACGAGGAUACAUGAAAGAGGUGGAUGACGCCACUAAAAGCGCCCAGAAGGCAAAAGUCAAGGCCGAGAUCCUAAAAACAUCGAAGAGUCUGUUAGAAAUGCUAAAGUCCGCCAGGUACAACGGAAGCUACUUCGAUAGGACUGAGAAGGAGUCCGGCCGCCUCUGCACUAAAGAGGGAUGGUUUACCUGCCAGGGAUCAUAUGACCAGAAAGUGUGCCAGUCGCUCCACUCCAUCAACCCCUACGGCAGCAGAGAGAGCAGGAUCAUCUUCAGUACCUGGAAUCUGGAUCACAGGAUUGAAAAGAAGAGGACGAUUAUUCCCACUCUGCUGGACACUUUGCAGAAUCACAAGACAACCGACGUCAAUUUAAACUACUUCUACCAGCUGCUGUUUACCAGGCAAAACCUCAAGCUUGUCCACAUCGUUUGCCACAAGAAAGGAGCUCACAACCUGCUGUGUGACACCAAGAAGAUUCUUAAUACUACCAGCAACGCAGGCAAAGCACAACCGAAGCCCAAGGCCAAGAAGAAACGCUUGACUUGA